AGGGGGUUCGCAGUCCCCACAGGCCAAUACUGCUCGCUGGGUUUAGUAGGGUUUUGAUUCGCCGCUCGAUUCAGCUCCGAUGGAGGCGGAAGAGACCGGCGGCGCCGGCGGCGCCGGCGGCCACUCCACCGGCCGGAAACUGGUUCCGUGGUCCAGCUGGGCGGAGUGGCAGUUCGUCCGCGAUGCCAUCUUCUCCCCAUACCCCGACCACGCCGCCGCUCUUCGCAGGAUCGCGGCAUGGCGGAGCAGGGGCUGCCUCCCAAUCCCCGUGGACGUGACUGCUUCCCUCGUCGAGAUUAUGCUCCGAGACCCCUUCUUCCGGAAUGGAGUGCCUUCAGAAGAUAAGGUGGAGUCGGAGCAGAUGCUCUCCAUGCUGUACACUAUGGGUAUCAUGAGGCUUGUAAAUGGCCUUUUGGAGAACCCACAUAAGGAAACUGGUCGUUCAUUAUCUGAAUUAGCUGUGACUGUUGGCGUGCCACGGAUUCUUGUCGACAUUCGUCAUGAGGGUUCCCAUCGUGAUCUUCCCUCUCUGCGCCUCCUACAUUUGGCAGCCAUUAAGGCAUUUGACUGGUUGAAGUGUAAUUACUGGGAUUCCCAAACUAAGGCUAUUCCUGAUACUCGACUGGAACUGAGCUCAAUAUUGCACGUGAUGGCCAAAUUUAUGAAGGGCAAAGAUUCUGAAAAUGCAAAACCAGGAUCCAAAAGGAAACGUUCCCAAAAACUGAUGUCAGAUUCCAUAAAGUAUGUACGUCGACUUUACUAUACAUGCCCCUCUGAGGUUGUCUCUGUUCUGUUAGAGUUUUUCGUACUCGAUGCCCCAGAAAUCUCUGAAACCGGUGAUAUGCAUCAGACUGAUAGUUUGGAUGUAAAUCAUUCAUCUGAUGUUCAAAAUGAACUAUCAAAUGGAGAUAUGGAAACUAUCAUAGAAAAACUAUCAGAAAAAGAACCAAGAGUUCUUCUUGGCAUCCUAAAGUUGGUAAUUGAAAUGAUUGAGAGCCUCGAAAUCAAAGGUGAAUCAUAUGCCUGCCUGCCAGCUGAGUCAUCAAAAAUGAAAAAUGUGUGCUCCUUGGUUCUAUGGAUUGUCACAAAUAUAAAAGAAUUAAAGGAUUCUGGACGCAUUGGACUUGUCGAGGAGAUAGGAGUACUCUCUUCAGACAGGAAUGCGGUCCCUAGUUUCUGUCUUGCCAAACUUCUGCAGAAGUUCUUGAGUUUGUCCAUUAUAGGUGAAAAAUGCAUCACAGAUGCAGCGUUACUGCUGAUUGAGAUGGCUGACAAUAAUAACGUGAAGGAGAAACUGAGGAAGCUUCCUGUGUUGUCCUUGCAAAGGUCACAUAAAGAUUGCACCAUCCUUGAGUCUAGAAUCAUAUCCAGUGGACAAGGAUCAGUUGAAAGUGCCACAGAGAAGCUGGAAAUGUUCAAGUUGCAGUUGAGGAAAUCGGAGAAUGCAUGUUUAGCAGAAAAUGGCCCUAAGGGAUUGUUCAGUGCAAGCAUGCCAGAGAAACAUAAUAGGUGGUCUAUAGCAAAGUCCUGGACCCCCUGUCCAUUAGGAAUGAUACCAUGUUCAUAUAGUUCAACUGCUGUUCUUCCUGCCCUUGGUGUCAUUGAUUGUGAAUUGAAGGAUGACACAAUAGAACAUGGGACUUUUGAGCAUGAUGGUCAGACCGAAACGUUUGCCUAUUAUUCUCAACCUGAGAAGCAGUUGGAUGAUGUGAACAUUCUAGAAAUAUCAAGAUCACCACCAUGUGAGAUUUCUGAUUUGCCAGAGCUAACUUCCCCUUUGAGGGGUAAAUUACUGGUUGGUGGCCUGUGGAAAAAGGUGACCGAGGAAGAGCUGCUCUCUAUGAAAUCAAACAUGAAAAUAUUGUUAUGUUAGCUAGUUUAAUUCUCAUUUUGUUGUAACAUUGGUUAUUAGUUUAGUCCUCCCGUCGGCUGCAAACCAAUUUUCAUCUGCAGACGAGCAAAUGAUAGCGUUUUACUGGGGUUGUUUUGAAAACCCUGUUUUCUCAGUCCAGUGUUCGUGAAGAUUUUUGUUGCUGUCACUGACUCCGUUUGUGUGCCAUGUAUGAGCAGCAGAUGGCCUAGCACUUCUAUUGUAUUGGAUGAAUAUGAAAGUGAAAAUCAGCAUGUACUGUUAACUGUCAAUUUAUGGCAAAAUAAUAAUAUCAACAUCUAUUAUGCCAAA